UCUUUCUCUGUCUUCCUGUAGGUUAUAACCCUGGAAGGAUGGGUUGACAUCAUGUACUAUGUGAUGGAUGCACAUUCUUUUUACAAUUUUAUAUAUUUUAUAUUGCUUAUAAUUGUCGGUUCCUUCUUCAUGAUUAACUUGUGCCUGGUUGUGAUAGCAACACAGUUUUCUGAAACAAAGCAGCGGGAGAACCAGCUGAUGCAGGAGCAGCGGGCCCGUUAUCUCUCCAAUGACAGCACAAUUGCCAGCUUCUCAGAGCCAGGUAGCUGCUACGAGGAGCUGCUGAAGUACAUCUGCCACAUCUUCAGGAAGGUGAAACGGCGGACGAUACGCCUGUACAAUAACUGGCAGAGCAAACGCAGGAAAAAAGUUAACCCAAACAACACCACAAACGGGCAGAGCCGCCGAAGCAAAAAGCGCAUCACCUCCAUUCACCAUCUCAUCCACCACCACCACCACCACCAUCACCACCACUACCACAUCAGCAAUGGGAGCCCGCGGGGGCCGCGCUCCAACCCGGAGAUCUGCGACCUGGAACUCAAGGUGAUGAAGCCUGGCGGGCAGCUGAUGCUCCCUUCUCCAUCACCCAACUUGCAGAGCCCGGCGCCUCCUCCAGACUCGGAGUCUGUGCAUAGCAUUUACCACGCAGACUGUCACGUUGAAGGACCACAAGUGAACUGUAAGUCUUCCAAUGCCCCUGCAAGCAUUAAACUCACUACUGGACUCUCCAACCGUGGCAACAUGAAUUAUCCUACCAUCCUGCCUUCACCAACUAGCAAAGCCAGUUCUGUCCCAGUUCCCAAAGGAAAGAAGAAUGGCAAUUCACCUGUGGCUGUAGUUAAUAGCCCUGUAACUUUGGGCACGGAUUCUUAUGGGAAGCUGCAGCAACUGGUAGGAGAGCAUGGUCUGCGGAGGACUCCCAGCCGGCUGUCAGGGCUGAGCGUGGCCUGCCCACUGCCCAGCCCGCCGGGCGGCACGUUGAGCUGCGAGCUGCAGGACUGCCCUUUCUGCGCCAGCCUCCUGGAGGACCCCGAGUUCGCCUUCAGUGAGUCCGACAGCUGCGACUCCGACAGCAACGGCAUCUACGAGUUCACCCAGGACCUGCGGCACGGCGACCACAGGGACCAGCUGCAGCAACAGCGGGGCAGGAGGAAGAGGAAGAAAAAGAAACCCAAGGAGAGGAACAAGGUCACCCGCCUGUGGAAGGCAUUCGGCAGCAAGCUGAAGAGGAUCGUGGAGAGCAAGUACUUCAACCGAGGGAUCAUGAUCGCGAUCCUCAUCAACACGCUGAGCAUGGGCAUCGAGUACCACGAGCAGCCAGACGAGCUGACCAACGCCUUGGAGAUCAGUAACAUCGUCUUCACAAGCAUGUUUGCCCUGGAGAUGCUCCUGAAACUCCUUGCCUUUGGCCUCUUCGGCUACAUCAAGAACCCGUACAACAUCUUUGAUGGGAUCAUAGUUGUCAUCAGUGUCUGGGAGAUCAUCGGGCAGUCGGACGGCGGUCUUUCCGUGCUCCGAACUUUCCGGCUGCUCCGGGUGCUGAAGCUGGUGCGCUUCAUGCCUGCCCUCCGUCGCCAGCUGGUGGUCCUCAUGAAGACAAUGGACAACGUUGCCACCUUCUGCAUGUUGCUCAUGCUCUUCAUCUUUAUUUUCAGCAUUCUCGGCAUGCAUCUUUUUGGAUGCAAGUUCAGUCUGAAGACUGAUACAGGAGACACAGUUCCAGAUAGAAAGAAUUUUGAUUCCUUGCUUUGGGCCAUUGUGACAGUAUUUCAGAUCCUCACUCAAGAGGACUGGAAUGUGGUCCUGUACAAUGGAAUGGCAUCAACGUCUUCAUGGGCAGCGCUCUACUUUGUGGCCCUGAUGACCUUUGGCAAUUACGUGCUCUUCAACCUUCUGGUUGCCAUUCUGGUGGAAGGCUUCCAGGCAGAGGGGGAUGCCAAUAGGUCAGACACAGAUGAGGACAAGACAUCUGCCAACUUUGAUGAUGAUUUUGAGAAGCUGAAAGACCUCCGUGCAACAGAGAUGAAGAUGUAUUCACUUGCUGUCACCCCGAAUGGGCACCUGGAGGGCAGGGGCAGCAUGCCACCCCCUAUAAUCAUGCGCACCGCUGCCACACCGAUGCCCACACCGAAGUGUUCCCCACACGUGGAUUCAGUGCACACUUUUGUGGACUCAAGGAGAGGGAGUAAUGCUUCUCUAGAUCCCCUGACCUACGAUCAGAAGUCCUCGUCCAGCCUCCGCAGUUCCCCUUGUGCCAACUGGGGUACCAACAGCAACUGGGGAAGCCGACGCUCAAGCUGGAACAGCCUGGGCAGAGCCCCAAGCCUCAAGAAGAAGAACCAAUCUGGUGAAAGAGAGUCUUUGCUCUCCGGAGAGGGGAAAGGCAGCACAGAUGAUGACUCCGAUGACGCCAAGUCCAGCACGGUCAGCAGGCCCUCACUGCACCGCCGGGCAGAGUCCUUGGAUUACCGCAGCUCCCUAGACCUGCCCGAGCUGCUGCAGCUGCCCCCCAUGCGCCAUUCGCUCAGUAUCAGCCCCAUGGCUGUUCUGCCUGCUGAGUACCAAGACUGCAAUGGCAAGAUGGUGCACGUCCCCAGUGAGUUCUUCCUGCACAUCGAUGGCCAUAAGGAAGAGGCCGUGGACUAUGAGGAUGACAUGGAGGAUAGUUACUGCUACCGGAUUCGUAAAGUCCUGGAGCCCUACAAACCAGCAUGGUGCAAGAGUCACGAGGAUUGGUCCCUCUACUUGUUUUCCCCACAGAAUCGGUUCCGAGUGAUGUGCCAGAAGGUCAUUGCCCACAAAAUGUUUGAUCAUGUGGUGCUGGUCUUCAUAUUUCUCAACUGCAUUACAAUAGCACUAGAGCGACCAGACAUAGAUCCGCACAGCACCGAGAGGAUAUUCCUGAGUGUUUCUAAUUACAUCUUCACUGCAAUCUUUGUGGCUGAAAUGAUGGUUAAGGUAGUAGCUCUUGGCUUUUUCUCUGGGGAGAACACCUAUCUGCAGAGCAGCUGGAACGUCCUGGAUGGAGUUUUGGUCUUCGUAUCCAUCAUAGACAUUAUUGUCUCCAUGGCAUCAGCAGGAGGAGCAAAGAUCCUGGGUGUCCUUCGAGUUUUGAGACUGCUGCGGACCUUGAGACCUCUCCGGUGUGUUCCUGGAUACAGUUUGUUUUGUGUCCAUAAAUCAGGACAUUGGGAAAAAUGUGUAUGAUCCAUCCAUCAAGGCAUUGCUUAAUAACACGAAAAGCUGAAACAUGGUAUCAUCUUUGGGGAGCUCUUAUCUUCAGAAACCGUUUGAAAAGAGUGAAAUUAGUUCUAAUUAUAACUUGUCUUCUCCAGUGUGGAGAAGAGCGGAUGGAGUUUGGAGCGAGUGGUGUUAUCAUACUCAGGUAGUUAGUGCACUGAAUGCCUCCUCCAGCCUGCAAUUUUAUCACCGUUUUACAAAUCAGUCUCUCUCCUUGUUAAACUGUGCAACCUCGCAGCCAUUCCCAAGCAAGGAGGUAGCAUUGGCUGGGAGAGAAUUUGCAAUUGAACAGGUGCUGAUGAUAAUUUGAUAAGCUCAGGCAUCUAUAUCUCCUCUCCUGUGCCUGCAUAUCUAACAUCACUGCAAAACAAUUUAGCUCUCAGCUAGGAAUACGA